AGUCCAUGCCCUCCGGAAUCUCAGGGCAGGGCAAAGAAUUCCAGGGCUCCAGAACCCUGUCUCCAGAGAGAGGCAGGCGUGUGGCGGAGGGGCCACGUGCAGAGCCAUGGGGGAUGUCGUGCUGGCCCUGGGGGCGGAGGAGCCUGGCUCUGCACGGGCCGUGGUCCGCAGUGCAGGUGGCUUCACCCUGGGCCUGUCCCUGGCCACAGCCUAUGGGCUGCUGGAGCUGCUGGUGGAGGGGCACAGCCCCUGGGGCUGCCUGGUGGGCACCGUUACUUUGGCCACCUUCCUUAGCCUGGGCAUGGCGUUCUCCCGCCAGAUCCGAGCCACUGUCUUUCUGAUGCUGCCCCAGGCCUUCUCCAGGCACGGCCGGAUGCUGCUGCUGGUGGCCGCCUUUGGGCUGGUGCUCCAAGGGCCUUGUGCCAACACCCUGCGCAACUUCUCCCGGGCCAGUGAGGCUGUGGCCUGUGGGGCAGAGCUGGCCCUGAACCAGACUGCGGAGGUGCUAGAGCGGGCCCGGCAGCCCCUCGCCAGUGCCCUGAGCAAGAUUAAGGCUCUGGCCCAGAAGGCCAAAGUGGCGGCUGACCAGAUCCGCAAGUUCUUCCGCUCCAUCAUGGAUGGCGUGAAGCACGUGGCCAGGGCCCUGAGGAACGUGUGGUACUGGCUCCUCCACAUCGGCGACGUCUGCAACGCGGAGCUGGGCAGCCCGCACUCCAAGUGUGCCCGGGUUUUUGAUGACGCCAAAGACAACUGCAUGAAGGUCAUCCCGCAAGCCUACCACCUGUGCUAUGUGCUCAUGCCCUUCAAACUGGCGCUGUGCGGCCUUGCCAGCUUGGUCCAGGUGUUCUGCAUCAUCCCCAAGUACAUCCAGCCCUUCCUGCACAAGACCAUCGGCACCCCCAUGCUGAUGCUGAUUGAUCGGGUGCGUCGGGAGUUCGAGUUCAACAUGACCGUUACCCACUACUUCUCUGUGGACCUCAGUGCCUCUCGCAGCCUCUCCCAAGUGGCUCUGGACCUCCACGAGGCCGUGAGCCUGAAGCUGCUCCGCUUCCGUGAGGCCCUGGCUCUGCUGGGCUACACCACACCUCUGCUGUUCGUACUUCUCUACCUCCAAGCCUUGUUUUACUGGUACGCCUACCUGAACUGGGACGAUUUCGACAACGUCUACAUCACCAGGCGCUUCCUGCGCAUGGAGGCUGAGCGCUCCCUGGCCAGGCUGCCCACAGUGCUGCCGCUCAGCACCCAUGAGGCCAGACAUUACGUCCAGCCUGGCUCCAUCUUCCUGUCCCAAUGGGAGCAGCUUUUCUACGUCCUGCAGCUCUUCAGCCUGAUGCGCCACCUCGUGCUCAUGCUGCUGCUGGUCCUCCUGGACUACACUGUCUUCUGGGUGCUGGACCUGGCCCGGUACCAGCUUCAGGGGGAGAUCGUGGCCCGCAGCCCCGUGUUAGUGUCCAUAACCGUGGAAGGGACUGGAUACACCGGAAACAUCUACCGUGACCUGGUGUCAGCUUUUGAUGUCCUGCAGCAGGGCAACGUCAGCAUCUUGUCCCGGCGCUGCCUCUUGCGGCCCUCGGAGCCAGACUCCACCAGUUACACAGUCAUUGGUGCCAUGUACGGCCUGUGUGUCUUCGUGACGCUGUGUGGCGGCUACGUCAGCCGGCUUCGGCGGGUCAUCUGCGCCUCCUACUACCCAUCCCGCGAACAGGAAAGGAUCUCCUACCUCUACAAUGUGCUUCUGAGCCGCCGAGCUAACCCGCUGUCCACCCUGCGCCGCGCUGUGAGGCGCCGGACAGCUGACCAGGGCCACGUGAGUGCCCUCCAGGCGCUGGCCAUCCGGUGCCCAUGGCUGAGACCACUUACCAGGCACCAGGCCUACUGCCUGGGCUGUGGGCAGCCGCCAGAGGACGGGGAGACGGACAGCUUUGUGUUCUGCAGUACCCCAGGGUGCCAAGGCCGCUACUGCCAGGACUGCUACCGCCUGCUGGGCAGCACCUGCUCCGUGUGUGCCGCUCCCCUCUCAGGCCAGGGGGACCUGGAGGAAGAGCUGCUUCUCCAGGGACUCCAGCGACGAGGAAGGCCCCCGGCUCUGGCUGGCUGCCGGAAGGAGGGCCCCCGAGGAGGAGCCAAUCAUGUGGCAACAGCUCCAGGGAGCGCUGGACAGCAGCCACUCGGAGGAGUCUAGCUCUGGGCCCAGUGACCCAGACGAGGAGCCCUAGAAGAAGUGGCCGUGCCCCACCUGAAGCUGGCCCAGGACCUGCGCCCUCAGGGACCCCCUGCCCCUGCACCCUGCCCCUGCACCCUGCCCCAGCCUCAGCACUCUCCAACCCUGUCUCUCACCUCCCUCUCCUCGGGAUCCUUCUCAUCCGUCCCCAAAAUAAAGGAACCAAAAGUGGA